UCACCCUGAGAGCUCCAUAGGUAGAGAUUCACAGAAUUAACAGAUGUAACGACCGCCAUCUCCGGUGUAGCAUUUUUAAUAGAUUCACAAUACAAAAUAAUAAAAAAAAAUAUAUAUUUUUAUUAAAGGUAGUUAAAUAAAGCGAAUAACGAAAUUAUUGACUACUACUACUAAAAGUCCAAUUUUCUGAAUGAAAGAAAUUUGUGACAUAUGACUGAGAAUCAAUGACUAUACAUGAAUCAAUGACUAUAUAUAUAUAAAUAAACAAAGUCGUUACUAAAAUAUACACUGCCUUAGAAAUGGCAAAAUACUGCAUAUAAUCCACACUAUAUAAUACACACACACACAUAUACUAUAUUGCCAAAAGUAUUCGCUCACCUGCCUUGACUCACAUAUGAACUUAAGUGAUAUCCCAUUCCUAAUCCAUAGGGUUCAAUAUGACGUCGGUCCACCCUUUGCAGCUAUAACAGCUUCAACUCUUCUGGGAAGGCUGUCCACAAGGUUUAGGAGUGUGUUUAUGGGAAUUUUUGACCAUUCUUCCAGAAGCGCAUUUGUGAGGUCACACACUGAUGUUGGACGAGAAGGCCUGGCUCUCAGUCUCCGCUCUAAUUCAUCCCAAAGGUGUUCUAUCGGGUUGAGGUCAGGACUCUGUGCAGGCCAGUCAAGUUCAUCCACACCAGACUCUGUCAUCCAUGUCUUUAUGGACCUUGCUUUGUGCACUGGUGCACAGUCAUGUUGGAAGAGGAAGGGGCCAGCUCCAAACUGUUCCCACAAAGUUGGGAGCAUGGAAUUGUCCAAAAUGUCUUGGUAUGCUGAAGCAUUCAGAGUUCCUUUCACUGGAACUAAGGGGCCAAGCCCAGCUCCUGAAAAACAAACCCACACCAUAAUCCCCCCUCCACCAAACUUUACACUUGGCACAAUGCAGUCAGACAAGUACCGUUCUCCUGGCAACCGCCAAACCCAGACUCGUCCAUCAGAUUGCCAGAUGGAGAAGCGCGAUUCGUCACUCCAGAGAACGCGUCUCCACUGCUCUAGAGUCCAGUGGUGGCGUGCUUUACACCACUGCAUCCGACGCUUUGCAUUGCACUUGGUGAUAAGCCGUGUAAUGAAAAAAAGUGACACGAUAAAACAAAAGGAGUUUUUUGAAAAGAAAAGGAUGCAGAAGAGACACAAUCUCUUGGCACCAGGACCAGUACCAACACCAGCAGAAACACCUAAGAAAGGCAAUGUUGGCAACACGGAUUUACUUACAAUGUUUAUUGUAAACCAAAUCGCAUUAACAAAAGAACAUGCCGGUAAACCUAAAAUAACACAUUUACCUAAGUCCAAAGGAAUUCAUAAAUCUAUGGGUGGGGAGCCUUUAGAGCUGCCUAUGAGUCCUUGUUCUCCAUCACGCUUGAGCCUGGCAGAGAGCAAAUUCCAAUACAGUGACCAAACACUGGGUUUGAAGGAGGGAAGACAUAGCCUCCUAGAUGAAUUCAAGUUCAAGACGCUGUCACCGGUGCUGGAAACCAACCUAUCUGACACCAGCACUCCAGUGUGUCAGCAUGGGGUUCAGGGCAGUGUAAAUAAUAUGUCUUCAGCCUCACCAUUCUCAUCAGAGGCCUUCAACCUCCUGUCCAGACCCACUGUACACAUCUCCCCUCUGCCACCAACAGAACUGUACAGCACAAAAUCUGCUCAGCCAGUGGGGAUGUGUGAGUAUAAUCCUUGGACAGUGCCUUGUCAGACAGAGCCCUCCCAGAACAUCUUUGUGGAUGGAGUUCAGUUUGGGAGUACCUUACACAGAAGUCAGUGCAGUGGGCCUUCCAUACACUCUGUUACGAAUCCAUUUAAUGAUUUAGAGAUGAAUGACCAAGAAGAAAAGACACACUUUUUUGGACUUAACAAUGGAAGUGAAGGCAGGGUACACAGAAUUGUCUCAGAGCAUGCCUGUGAAUUACCAGUAACCUCUGCUCGCAGAGACGCCUUUGUCACCUCAGAUGAUGCAACAAACUCUACUCCAAACAUUUUAGAAGAGGGAAAAAUUCAGGAUGGUGAUACCUACGUGUAUGUGUGCCACCCUAAGGACAUUCUCACAACAAGCCAAAGUUAUCCAUCGGGGAUAAGUGCUCCAACAAGAGUUAUGUCUUUCAACCAGAAGGUGAUGUUCAGCCAUGAAAAUAGGGAAAGGGAGAAUAAAGCCUAUGGGACUCCAAAAACCUCCAGAUGGAUCAAUCACGAACCGGACUGCAAGGAUGAUCAGUUUGUUCCUUCUUGUCGGCUCACUAAUACACAAAGUGGUAAAAUAGCAUCUCCCAGGACACGCGACAAGACAACACAGACUGCAGGUUUUUCCAGUUUGACAUCUCAAGAUGCCUCAGUGCAGUGUUGCCUUUUGAAAACAACUAAGAUGAGUAUUUUCACUAAGCCCACAACUAUUCACCACAGUAGAACACACAAAGCUCUUGCCACUAGGAGGCACACUCAUCACAGAAGUGAAAAUCCUGAUCCUAAUAUGUUUGCUCUGACAGAAAUCUCAAAGGAGUGGAAUGGCUCCUGGAUAAUGACAAAAAGGGAGCCCACAAAGCCAAAAACAAUAAAAAGGCAUGAAUGUUUGAGCAACUCAGAGAGCCAGACAUGCGUGAAAAAACAGCCAUUACUGCACUUCUCUCACAAAAAAGCCCCAGAGCUAAAGGAGCAGCCAUCAAAGAACAUGGUGUUCCAAGGAGAAAGGUGUGAAGGUCAUGAGGAGGAGAGUGUGAAUCAAAACCCCACUGUGAACUCCAGCUGCACAGAGGAACACAACAAUGCCUUCACUGCUGAAACAGGUGGAAACAGGGUAUCUGAGGGGAAUGGAAAUCUUAAAGAAAUUGCUGACAUUCUGCUCAUGAUGAAGCAGAAAGAUAAGCGUCCAUAAAACAUGUGAGAAAGAUGACUCAGACCUUUUUUGUAUGUUGAAAGUUAGCGUCUGUUAAUAAAAUGAAACUUUAUAGUUGUAUGUUUUACACUGGC